UUCUCGUCGACCAAUCCACUCUUUCGCAUCGCCUUCUUCUCACCCACCCCUUGUCAUCCCUCUUGUCAUCCCCUUCAUUCUGUCCCCCUUCGUUGGCGCUCACAACCCAUCCACAUCUUCCUCAUCUUCUGACACAACGGACAUGGCCAGGAAAAAGGCCUCGUCGUCCAACGCUGCCGCCGGCACGUCAUCUGCAAUCAAUGGCAACGGCGUAAGCCACGACGAGCAAGUAGCCGCCGCCAAGGAGCAGCACAGCAUCAUCAAGGAUGCUCAGCAGAAGCCAUGGAAGCACGCCUACUUUAAGCCGGACCUGAGCGACCCGCAGAUCGUCGGCGGCUCAAAGGAAACUGCCUUGGUCAAUUACAAUCCCGGAAUCGUCAUUUCUGAACAGGGCCGUGCCAAAGACAAGAAGCUCGAUGAGCAUGAGGGAUGGGAGUUUGGUGGACCGUGGGGCGUAACCGCUAUGAUGACACUCUUUCCGCUUCUCAUGUACUACCUUUGGAUCUGCUUGUGGUUCUACGAUGGCCAAAUCAUCGUUCCCAAGAGCAUCGAUCAGAUUGGUCCCUUCUUCCAUAAGCUAGGCAAGCACAUCUACGAUGACGCCUUCCCCACUCCUCGAGCCCUCUUAGGGUACAGCGGCCUCGUCGUCUUCCAGUUUCUCCUCGCUGUCGUCAUGCCCGGAUACGAGCAGGAAGGCCUGCCCGUCCCUUCGCUCAACUACAAGACGCUCACCUACAAGUGCAACGCCUUGUCGUCCUUCUACGCCACGCUCGUCACCUGCGCUGUGCUCCACUCGACGGGAAUCUACCGACUCACGACGAUCAUCGACCACUUUGGAGAAUACAUGACCGUCUCCAUGAUCUGGGGCUUCGGUGUCUCCUUUGCCACAUACUUCCACGCCGUCGUGACCAACACGACGCACAGGAUGUCGGGCAAUUUUGCUUACGACUUGUUCAUGGGCGCCUCCCUCAACCCGCGGAUCGGGCGUGUUGACCUCAAGAUGUGGGCAGAGGUGCGCAUCCCGUGGGUGCUCCUCUUCCUCAUCUCAGUCUCUGGUGCUUGCCGUCAGUACGAGUCGUACGGCUAUGUGACGCCCAACAUGGCCUUCAUGGUCCUUGCUACCGGCCUCUACAUCAAUGCGUGCGCCAAGGGCGAAGAGUGCAUCCCGCAGACUUGGGACAUGUUCCACGAGAAGUGGGGCUUCAUGGUCAUCUUUUGGAACUUUGCCGGCGUGCCCUUCACCUACUGCUACUCUAUCGUCUACAUGGCUGCCCACCCUCCUCACUAUUACCGCUUUUCCACUCCGACCUACAUCUUCCUUUACUCGCUCCUCAUCACCGUCCACUACAUCUUCGAUUCGAGUAUGGCCCAGAAGUCGCGCUUCAGGAUGCAGCGUCAGGGCAACCUCAAGGUUCGCUGGGCCUUCCCUCAGUGGCCCUGGUCCACCCUCGAGAACCCGCGCUACCUUCAGACGGAGCACGGCAAUGCCUUGCUCAUCGAUGGGUGGUGGCAAUUUGCCCGCAAGAUCAACUACACGGCUGACUGGACACAGUCCUUCCUCUGGGGAGCUAUUGCCGGGCUGUCGUCGCCUAUCCCGUACUUUUAUCCGCUCUUCUUCCUUGCCGUGCUUACGCACCGCUGUGGGAGGGACUUCGAGCGCUGCCAUCGCAAGUACGGUAAGGACUGGGAGAAGUACUGCGAGAUUAUUCCGUACAGGUUCAUUCCUUACGUGUACUGAGGAGGGGGU